CUGCGACCCAUCAUCACUCGAACGAAGUCACGUGACAAAAUACUUGGCCAACUAUCGCCCAUCACUAGCCGAGGCUGACUGUAAAAGCGCUGAACAACCAUCGGAUUUCUAGAAAAUUCCGAAUAUUCGAAUAGCUCAAGUAAAAACUAUCAACUGCCAACAAACAUAAAAGAAGCCAGCGCCAGCCGCAACGAGUGAAUGCAAAUCUGAGCCAAUAAGAGCACGAGGAGCAACUAGCGAGUCAUGGCCAAGUGGGGAGAAGGCGAUCCACGCUGGAUUGUUGAGGAGCGACCAGAUGCGACCAAUGUGAACAACUGGCACUGGACCGAAAAGAAUGCGACGCCCUGGUCCAAGGAGCGACUCCAGCAGCUCUUCCAGGACUUUAAAAUAGAACAAAACGACAUGGAGUGCGUUGUGGAGUCGCUGGAGAAGUGCAACGGCGAGGCGACCGUCAACAAUCGCAAAGGCAAACUGAUCUUCUUUUAUGAAUGGGAGCUGGUGCUGAAGUGGACGGGGCGUAUGCUGAAGAACAGUGCGCUGAGCCACAAGGGAAAGCUGACCAUACCCAAUCUGUCCGAGGAGAACAGUCUCGAGGAUGUCGAACUGACGGUGACCAUUGACGAAUCGAACGACGAGUCGGAGACACUCAAACAAUUCAUGUACAAUGUGGGCAGGGAACGUGUGCGCAAACAGCUGGGCGUCUAUAUCAAGGAGCUGAAGGAGGAAUACUCCAAGAACUUGAUACUACCAAAGAAGGGCAGCGAUGCGGCCGCCGAUGCCAAGGACGCCAACAAUGCCAAGAAUGCCGCCCAAAAGGCACAGGCAACAAUUAAAACAGCAGCAACAAAAUCAACAGCGAAUACAAAUACAAAUAGUAGCUCGGCAGGCGUUGGUGCUGGCGUUGGCUGCAAGCUGGAUGUGCGCACCCUCUCCAUGACCGAGGAGUUCCAUUGCAAUGCCAAUGAUCUCUACAAUGCCCUGACAAAGGCCGACAUGCUCACCGCAUUUACACGUGCCCCAGCCAAAGCGGACGCAGUUCGUGGCGGCGAAUUUGUGCUGUAUGGCGGCAAUGUGCUGGGCAAGUUUGAGGAGUUGGUGCCGGAGAAGCGAAUCCAGCAGAGUUGGCGUCUGAAAAACUGGUCAUCUGGUCACUAUUCGAAUGUCACCAUCGAACUGGAGGAAACUUCAUCCAGCACGAUGAUGACGCUGAAGCAGACCGGCAUUCCCGCCUCCGAAUACGAUGCGAUGAGAACAAACUGGCAUCGAUACUACUGGCAUAGCAUCAAGCAAACCUUUGGAUUUGGCACCUCCAUUUCCGGUGCCUUAUAAGCUUCCGCCCCGCCCCGCCCCCCUCGUAAACCUCUCCGGUCACAUGGACGCUAUUCAACGCUUGGCUGAAAUUCGGCCCGCUUAUUAUCAAUCGAGGAGGAGUUCCAAUUUGACAGUGCUGCAAAUUUGAUUUUCACCACCUUUAGCUAUAAAUGAAGUGCUGCCAGUCGCCGGCGCACUGUGUUAUGGUAUUUAAAUAUAUAUAUAUUUAUAGGCAGAUGUACACUGUUGGAUAGCAGAAGAAGCAGCGGAAGGAGCAGUAGCAGCAGCAGCAGCAGCAGCAUUAAUCACAAUAUUCACCACGACAUCAGCAACAGCAAAUCAGGUCAUUUAGUCAUAAUGAAGCAUUGAUUCACUCAUUACAAAUGGCGAAAUAAACGAAAAAAUUAAUGUU